AUGGCCAACAAAGCAGAGACUAACGGAAUAGGCGGCCACAGCACCACAGCGAGUGCACAAGGAGAGACGAGCGCCUUCCCGACCCUGCAACCUGUGCCCAAUGUCAGUCCGCCCAACGGCAAGCAUGUCAUACCCUCGGAUUAUCCGGUGCUCCAAGAUGUCAAAGGUCGGCCUUGGUGGAAGGGUGUGGUGGCCUACCAAAUCUGGCCUCGCUCUUUCAAAGACAGCGGUGCCAAUGGCAUUGGCGACCUUCAAGGCAUCAUCUCCAAGCUUGACUACCUGAAAGAUCUUGGUAUCGACGUUAUUUGGAUCUCGCCAACCUUCGAUUCUCCUCAGAAGGACUGGGGAUACGACAUUAGCAACUACGAAACGAUGCACAGAGACUUUGGAACUCUCGAAGAUAUGCAGCAGCUGAUCGAUGAGGCGCACAACCGGGACAUCAAGAUACUCCUGGACCUGGUCAUCACUCAUACUAGUGAUGAGCAUCCCUGGUUUCUGGAGAGCCGCAAGUCUCGCGAUAACCCCAAAAGUGACUGGUAUAUGUGGGCUGACAAGCGUCCUGGCAACAUGAUCGACGGCGAGAUGAUCGAAGAGCCAUCCAAUUGGCGGGCAGCUUUCGGCGGUAGUGCCUGGGAGUGGGUUCCCGAGCGCGAACAGUACUUCAUCCACUUGUUCUUGAAGUCACAGCCAGAUCUGAAUUGGGAGUGUGAAGCGAUGCGAGAUGCGAUCUAUCUGUCAGCGGUCAAGUUUUGGCUGGACCGUGGCGUUGAUGGCUUCCGUAUUGACACGGCCAAUCGUUUCUGCAAAGAUCCAAACUACCCAGAUGCGCAACGUACUGUCGCUGGACGAUGGCAGCCUGGUAGCAAGUACUACAUCAAUGGUCCGAAGAUGCAUGUCUGGCUCAAAGAGCUUCGUGCCAGAAUGGUGGCAGACUUUCCGGAGAAAGACCUGAUGCUGGUUGGCGAGCUACCUCUAACACCAUACGAGGAACUGCUCCGCUAUGUCAGUCCCGAGGAGAAAGAACUCAGCAUGGUGUUCGACUUCGACAUGGUCAAGCUUGGUAAUAACGACAACCCCGAUGAAAUCGCCAAGCACGAAGUCAGCAAUUAUAUGGACAAAGAUAAGAGCUAUACCCUUCCAUUGUUCAAGCAGACUGUCAAGAAGGUACAGAGUCUGAUCACAGACACCAACGCCUGGGGCACCGUCUUCAUGGAGAACCACGACCAAGGCCGCAGCAUUCCUCGAUACGCGACCCCUAAUAGCAAGUACUGGCGUCAAGCUGGUAAGAUCCUCGCAAUGCUCCAGACAACACUGUCUGGCACUCAGUUCAUCUACCAAGGCCAGGAGAUCGGCAUGCUGAAUAUGCCUCACGGCUGGGGCAACAACGAGUUUAAAGACCCCGACACGAUUGAUUACAUCGAGACUUACAUCGAGAUGAACCACAAACAUGAUCCUCGAGCCAGUGACAAAGCCCGUGAAGGCGUAUUCAAAGUCGGCCGCGACAAUGGACGCACUCCCAUGCAAUGGUCAAACUCACCAAAUGGAGGCUUCACGGGCGCGAAUCCUUGCUGGAUGAGGGUCAACGACAACUACUCCUAUAUCAACGUUGAGGCACAACAACAGGACCCAGAUAGCAUCUUCCAUUUUUGGAAGAAACACAUCGCUAUGCGCAAAGAUUACAAAGAGCUCUUCAUGUUCGGCACGUUCGCACUCUACGACAUCGCCAACGAACGCAUGAUGACAUAUACCAAGAUGUCCACGGAUGGACAGAUGGCCCUCAUCAUUUUGAACUUCAGCGACGACGACAUGCCACUCAAUACUCUCCAGCGCCAUCUUCUGGGUCACACUUACCGCCUCAUGAGCAGCAACGUUCAGAAACCUGGCGAUCACCUCGAGCCGUGGGAAGGCCGUGUAUACAUGGUACGUGAUGGUCUCGAAGCAGACAUGCCAGGCCAGCCAAGCAAUAUCGGCCAGCUACAGGACUUGAUGCCGACAAGGGCGAAGGGUGUUGUGAGUUCUAUGCCGAUGACUGGGCACCCUGCCGGACACCAGCCAAGGCGCGAGAGUAAGCUUGAUGGUACGCAGUGGAUUAGCGCUGCUUCUUUUUGA